AUGGCACCCAGCCGGCCGCCCAGCAAGAAGGAUGCGAAACCGCAGGGCGCGGGCACACUCCUCGCCGACGCGGAGACGCAGCUGACGGUGGGGAACCUGGACGAGGCGAUCGCGCUGGCACGCAAGGCGCUGGAGACGACGGGCGAGGGCGGCGACUUUGAGCUGCGGGCGCUCAACCUGCUGGGCACGCUGCACGUGGAGACGGGCGACGUCGACGAGGCGCGGGACUUCUUCGCGCGGGCCGUCAAGCUGGACGAGGAGGGCACGGUGGACGAGAAGGUGGGCGGCGGGCCGGAGAAGUUCAUGUUCAUGGCGCAGCUGAGCGAGGAGGGCGGGCAGGACAGCGUCAAGUGGUUCGAACGGGGCGCGGCGGCGCUGCGCAAGCAGAUCCAGGCGCUGACCGAGGCGGCGCCGACGGGCAGCCGGACGGACGAACAGCAGGCGUCGCUGGAUGACAAGCAGUCGCGGCUGGGCGGCGUGCUGUGCGCCGUGGUGGAGGUGUACAUGACGGACCUGUCGUGGGAGGAGGACGCGGAGCAGCGGUGCGAGGCGCUGGUGACGGAGGCCAUGCUCAUCGCGCCCGGGUCGGCCGAGACGUGGCAGACGGUGGCCAACGUGCGCAUAUCGCAGCAGCGCGUCGACGAGGCCAGGACCGCCCUCAGGCGCAGCCUCGAGCUCUGGCAGCACCUCGCCCCCGAGCACCCGGCCGUCCCCGAGUUCCCCACCCGCAUCAGCCUGUCCCGGCUGCUCCUCGAGGUCGAGAUGGAAGACGAGGCCCUCACCGUCCUGCAGCGCCUCGUCUCCGACGACGACCAGUCCGUCGAGGCCUGGUACCUCGGCGGCUGGUGCCUCUACAUCGCCGGCGACAAGCUGCGCCAGUCGAACCCCGACGAGUGGAAGUCCCUGUGGACUUCGUCCCGCCAGUGGCUCGCCGUCUGCCUCAAACUGUACGAGGUCCAGGAGUACGAGGACGAGAGGCUCGGCGAGCACGCUGCCGAGCUCCUCCAGAGCAUAAACAAGGAGCUCGGUGAGCCGGCUGACGGCGAGGAGGAUGAAUGGGCCGACGAUUACGCCAGUGACGACGACGACGACGACGACGAAAUGCAGGGUUGA